GUUCCCCCAGCCCUGCGGGGCGGGCAGCACGGUUCACUCCAGCAUGGGGGCUCCAGAAAUAAGAAUGUCUAAGCCCCUGGAGGCCGAGAAGCAAGGUCUGGACUCCCCGUCAGAGCACACAGACACCGAAAGAAAUGGACCAGACACUAACCACCAGAACCCCCAGAGUAAGACCUCCCCGUUCUCCGUGUCCCCAACUGGCCCCGGCACCAAGGUGGGCAUUCUCUCUGGCCUCCACUUAACAUUCUGGGGUCCCGGACCCUGCCUCUCUCCCCCCCAGAUCAAGGCUGAAGACCCCAGUGGCGACUCAGCCCCAGCAGCGCCCCCGCCCCCCCAGCCGGCUCAACCACAUCUGCCCCAGGCCCAGCUCAUGCUGACGGGCAGCCAGCUUGCCGGGCUCACGGCGCUGAUGCCAGCACAGCAGCAGCUCCUCCUGCAGCAAGCACAGGCCCAGCUCCUGGCCGCCGCCGUGCAACAGUCCAAUGCCGCCGCCGCCGCUGCCGCCUCCUCCAGCUCCUCCUCCUCCUCCUCUUCCUCCUCCUCCUCUGCCUCCUCCUCAACCUCUCAGCCCCCAUCCUCCUCUGGGGGAGGCGACCUGCCACAACCACAGCCUGCCAGCCAGUCCCCCGGGACCCCACAGCUCACCCUGUCCCAGCCCAUCCAGCUCACAGCACAGGACAUACAGCAGCUCCUCCAGCUCCAACAGCUGGUGCUCGUGCCGGGUCAUCACCUCCAGCCACCUGCUCAGUUCCUGCUGCCGCAGGCCCAGCAGAGUCAGCCAGGCCUGCUACCGACGCCAAAUCUAUUCCAGCUACCUCAGCAAACCCAGGGAGCUCUCCUGACCUCCCAGCCCCGGGCCGGGCUGCCCACGCAGCCCCCCAAAUGCUUGGAGCCACCAUCCCACCCCGAGGAGCCCAGUGACCUGGAGGAGCUGGAGCAGUUCGCCCGCACCUUCAAGCAACGCCGCAUCAAGUUGGGCUUCACGCAGGGUGACGUGGGCCUGGCCAUGGGCAAGCUCUACGGCAAUGACUUCAGCCAGACGACUAUCUCCCGCUUCGAGGCCCUCAACCUGAGCUUCAAGAACAUGUGCAAACUUAAGCCCCUCCUGGAGAAGUGGCUCAACGAUGCAGAGACUAUGUCUGUGGACUCCAGCCUGCCCAGCCCCAACCAGCUGAGCAGCCCCAGCCUGGGUUUCGACGGGCUCCCUGGCCGGAGACGCAAGAAGAGGACCAGCAUCGAGACAAACGUCCGCUUCGCCUUAGAGAAGAGUUUUCUAGCGAACCAGAAGCCUACCUCAGAGGAGAUCCUGAUGAUCGCAGAGCAGCUGCACAUGGAGAAGGAAGUGAUCCGCGUCUGGUUCUGCAACAGGCGCCAGAAGGAGAAACGCAUCAACCCCUGCAGUGCGGCCCCCAUGCUGCCCAGCCCGGGAAAGCCAGCCAGCUACAGCCCCCAUCUGGUCACACCCCAAGGGGGUGCUGGGACCUUGCCGAUGUCCCAAGCUUCCAGCAGCCUGAGCACAACAGUUACUACCUUAUCCUCAGCUGUGGGGACGCUCCACCCCAGCCGGACAGCUGGAGGGGGCGGGGGCGGGGGCGGGGCCGCGCCCCCCCUCAAUUCCAUCCCUUCUGUCACUCCCCCACCCCCGGCCACCACCAACAGCACAAAUCCCAGCCCUCAAGGCAGCCACUCGGCUAUCGGCUUGUCGGGUCUGAACCCCAGCGCGGGAAGCACAAUGGUGGGGUUGAGCUCCGGGCUGAGUCCAGCCCUCAUGAGCAACAACCCUUUGGCCACUAUCCAAGCCCUGGCCUCUGGUGGAACCCUGCCCCUUACCAGCCUUGACGGCAGCGGGAACCUGGUGCUGGGGGCAGCUGGUGCAGCCCCGGGGAGCCCUGGCCUGGUGACCUCGCCGCUCUUCUUGAACCACGCUGGGCUGCCCCUGCUCAGUGCCCCGCCUGGCGUGGGCCUGGUCUCAGCAGCUGCUGCAGCUGUGGCGGCCUCCAUCUCCAGCAAGUCUCCUGGCCUCUCCUCAUCCUCCUCGUCCUCGUCCUCGUCCUCGUCCUCCUCCUCCACUUGCAGUGAGGCUGCAGCACAGACCCCUGGAGGUCCAGGGGGGCCAGAGUCAGGGUCCAAGCCCGAGUGAAGGCCCGCCACGCCUCCCCUCCUACUCCUCUGACCCCCGCCUUGGUCCCUCGCCUAGAAGAGGGCGAGGAGGCCAGUGGUGGGGGCGUAGAGGGUCCUCGGAGCAGAAGUGACAAGGGAGGAAAGACCAAAAAAAAAAAAAUCAACCAACCAAAAAAAGAAAGAAAGAAAGAAACCAACAAAAAGAAAACCAAAAAUAGUCACAACAGAAACCAGCUGCCCCAAAGGAACCAGAGGUGAAAAACAAACAAAAAACCAAAAACAGACCAAAAAAUCCCUCACAAAACUAAACAAACCAAAAACCAGUUGCAAGCCAGACCUCAGUGUGCUCACCCUCACCGCUAU